AGUUUCUAAUAUGUCUUCGAGACUGUAAUUUGAAAAAAAGAAUAAAUGUAUAUAUUAAAAUUAACUUAAUUAAAAAUUUUCAUCAUUAUUUUUAAACCAUAAGUAAAUAAACAUACCAUAACAUAAAAUUAUAAUUUAUAGAAUAAAAAAGAAAUUUAGUGUAACAAAAAAAUAGGAAUAUUAAUAUAAUUAUGUAAUCGUACAUCGACAAUGUAUCAUGUUUUUACAAGUUACAUUUAUACUUAUUCCUUAUAAUUAUAUAUAAAAAUAAAUGAAGAAUAAAAUUUUUAUUGAAAUAAUUCUUAAUAAAUAAUUUUCUUAAAUAUAAAAUAUAAAUUGAAGUAAAUACAUAAUUUAAAAGAUUAAACAAGAUUGAAUAUUUUUCAUUAAGAAAUAAUAAUAAGUAAAACAAUCACAUAAUAUAAUAAUCGUGUAUUUUGAAACAUAUAUAAAUAUGUAUAUAUUGAAAAAAAAUUUAAUACGUUAAAAAGAAAAAGAAGAAAUUUACAAAUAUCCUUGGAUUUUUCAAGUAUAUUUAUAUUUCAAAAUCGUGUGUGUAUCUUCCUGAGCCUGUGAAAUAGUCAUCACAUCGAUCGUCACAAUUAGUCUGAGUCAAACAGUUGAACUGAUCGGUAGGUUUUUGGCGGUCGUUUUAGUUUUCUAUCGGAUCACGUUUUCGGAGAAAAUUUUGGUUUUCUGCAAUAAAUAUCAUUUAAAAAUUUAUUAACCAUGAUGAAAACGUCCACUGAAGAGAGUUUGCAUUUCAUCAGACAGUCGCUGAAAUCGGAAGAAAUGGAUCAUCUCGAAGGAAUUCAUUUUGAUCGAAAUUAUCCUCAUGUAUUUGUAACACUCGGAGCUUCUGGUGACUUAGCAAAGAAAAAAAUCUAUCCAACACUAUGGUGGUUGUUUAGGGAUAAUCUUUUACCAAAAACUACCACAUUCUUUGGUUACGCACGUACAAAUAUGUCCGUGAAUCAAUUACGAGCAAAAUGUCAUCCAUAUAUGAAAGUAAAAUCGGAUGAAGAAAAAAAAUAUGAAGAAUUUUGGAAAUUGAAUUACUAUAUGGCUGGUCAAUAUGAUUCGCAAAAAGGAUUCGAAGUGUUGAACAAUGAAUUGAAGAAAUAUGAGGAAGGCUACAAUAUUACUAAUAGACUGUUUUACUUGGCUUUACCACCGAAUGUAUUUGAAAAUGUAACUGUGCACAUUAGGAAUGUUUGUAUGAGUGAUAAAGGAUGGACCAGAGUAAUUAUAGAAAAACCAUUCGGUCGCGAUGCGGCUACGUCACAGAUUUUGUCUGAUCAUCUCGCAUCCUUAUUCAGAGAAGAUCAGAUUUAUCGUAUCGAUCAUUAUUUGGGAAAAGAAAUGGUUCAAAAUUUAAUGACUCUACGAUUUGGUAAUCGAAUAUUCAGUCCAACAUGGAAUAGGGAUAAUGUGGCCUCUGUACAAAUUACAUUUAAAGAACCAUUUGGUACGCAAGGAAGAGGCGGAUAUUUCGAUGAAUUUGGUAUCAUUAGGGAUGUCAUGCAGAAUCAUUUAUUACAAAUUUUAUCAUUGGUUGCGAUGGAGAAACCAGCGUCUUGUCAUCCGGAUGAUAUACGAGAUGAGAAGGUAAAAGUGUUAAAGUGCAUAAAGACUUUGACGCUGGACGAUGUUGUAUUAGGUCAAUAUAUUGGUGAUCCUGAAUCCGAUGAUCCUGAUGCUCGACUUGGCUAUUUGGAUGAUGCUACUGUACCUUCUGGUUCAAUUACUCCCACAUAUUCUCUUGCUGUGUUGAAAAUUAAUAACGAGCGGUGGGAUGGUGUUCCAUUUAUCCUCAAAUGUGGAAAAGCUUUAAACGAACGAAAGGCAGAAGUUAGAAUACAAUAUCAAGAUGUACCUGGCGAUAUAUUUGAUGGAAAAGCGAAAAGAAAUGAAUUGGUAAUUAGAGUACAACCAGGCGAAGCAUUAUAUAUUAAAAUGAUGACAAAAUCACCUGGUAUUACAUUCGAUAUGGAAGAAACAGAAUUAGAUCUUACAUAUGGUUCUAGGUAUAAGGAUCUAAAACUUCCGGAUGCAUACGAACGAUUAAUUUUGGAUGUAUUUUGUGGCUCGCAAAUGCAUUUCGUACGUAAUGAUGAACUUUCGCAAGCAUGGAGAAUUUUUACGCCCUUGCUUCAUCAAAUAGAAAACGAAAGAAUUAAACCAAUUCCGUAUAAAUAUGGUUCACGAGGACCUAAAGAAGCAGAUGAAAUGGCAAAAGAAAAUAAUUUCGCUUAUUAUGGUUCAUACAAAUGGGUGAAACCAUAAGUUUUUGUUAUGUAAUAAUGUAUAAUUCUGUAUAUAUAUACAGAAUAUAUACAGUAUACACACACACACACACAUAUAUAUAUAUGUAUAUACAGAUCACAAAGAAUUGUUCCAUUAAUCAUUAUCUGUGAUUAUAACAUUCCAUAUAUUUAACACAAAAGUGCCUGAAAUUUUGAAAUUUUUAUUCUGUAUAAAAUCUAAUUUAUUAGAAAUCUAAUUCAUUUAUUUUUUUGAACUAAUUUUCAAAUGUAAAAUAUAAUUUACUAAUUAAACUAUAUGCAGAUAAUAUAUAUCAUUUUUAGAUAU